AACUGCAAAGCAGUACAUACUUCUCACACGAAGUAUUUGCGAUAACCUACUGCUUAUUUUGCACUGAGAAAAGGGAAGUAAUGCAUCGGAUACUGUUGUAGAAUGAACGUGAUAGUACACUUAGGCGGGCCUUAUUAUCAUAGGUUCAGUGGAAAAAUGAGUUUCGAAAAUUAAAUGGUAUCAUUGUUUUUUUUUUGCGUCAGCAGAGUAGACAGAUAUUGAUGCUGUUUUAAAAUUUGGCUUGUAAAGAAGAUAUGUUUCGAAGAGUCAUUAUGGUAUAGCACUCUUUAUUGUAAACGCUAGUGCAUGGAACUAUAUGUUAAAGUAUUUCUUCUAUCUUUGUAAUAGUAGCGCCACACGGUCAUGUUUUUAUGCAAGACGUAAAACACUCUACUCUCAGCUUGUGGAACCGGGAAAUCUGAACAGUCAUGGGCGAAUGAACGACACAAAAUGUGACUUCAAGUUCGGCAUGACGGGCACAAUUUGCACAAGGCACGUGGCAGCUGGCACCACCCACAGCACCGACUGGCGACCGCAUCCGGUCGUUCUCAUACACUCACAAAGGAAACGGCACCUGGGCAAACAACUAGUAAUCUCGCGUCCGCACGUCGAACUUACAACAAAGAUAUUGGUCAAAGUACUGGCUUCUAAGAUGCCAAACUUGGGUAAUGUUAAUUCGUUAGCUGCUUUGAAACCUAACGCAUUUUUUCGCCUUUGAAAAUUAAUGUAUUAUAACCUACUGCCUACGCCCCGUUAAAAGUAUCGUAGUGUUCGCUUACUUUGAGUUGAGGAAGGUGCUUGAUCAUUCAGUCGUGGAACCUUAAUUUUGCAAGUAGGUACAUGUCGAUUAAGCACAUCACCUUUCACUCGUCCAAUUAAUGUUUCAUAUGGGGUAACUACUAUAGCUUGUGCUCAAUUUUAAAAUGUUCCAGUUCUGAUUUGAGAUAGCCAACUUGGGGUCCCUGACCUGCAAUUACCGGUUCGGGCGCCCACAACAUCGAGAUGUGCUUUAAUUCGGAGAUACUUAAUUUUAAAGUUUGCAGUUCUCGGAUUCUAAGGGGCUUAUGCAUUUGAAUACCUCUUAGACUUUGUGAUGUCAGUGCAGAUUUAGCUAUUUUUAAAUCUUAUACUAGAACCUUGGUUUAAGACAAUGGUUGCUUUGCUAUGGUAGUAUGUAACCCCUUGCGCGCAACAUCUGUCGCACUUCUAAAUUACUAAAUUUUUGCUUCCAAAUGGCGUCAUAGGAACAGCGGAGGUCGCCAAAAAAAAAAAAAUGAAGUGUAAAAUAAUAAAAACGGUGAACAUUUGUUGGUGGAAUUAGGUAGCCAUUCAUUUUUCGCUCUUUUUGAAUCAAGGUACAUAACUUUUAUGUCAAUUUAUAAAGUUUUUUGAAGGUAGGAGGGUCCUUUUAACUGGGAAACCAAAACACAUCUCAAUUACAUAAUUAACAUAAUCAUGUAAAUUAUGUAACAAAUAUUAUGUUGGUGGACACCACAUUAGUGGUCCGCGCUGACCGGUAUUCCUUCUUUAACAGCACGCUUUUCCACACUGGUGUACAUAGGUAACUUAUCAUCACCACCAUCAUGUAUUGCUCCAAAACAGGUUCAUUAACAGGAUAUGCAGGGCGAUGCAAAAGCACUGCAUGCAUAUAUCGAGGCACCGCUCCCGUCACUCAUACAUGCAUAUUGCAUAGUUACUUCAAAUAUCACAUCCGCCAAACAUUCCUCUCAUACGCAGUGCGCACCCACUCCCCCGCGGUCCCCGCCGAUGUGUUUACGAACUGCACUCGCAAACACUCACAUUCAUUCACGCACACAAGUAGUGACAUUGAGUACCGGUGUCAUUGUUCAGUGUCUUUUUCAGAGCGAAGUGUCCUGUAGUUAUAGCAGUGACGCAGUUAGGAUGGCUGUCCGGUCCCGUGUGUCGCCAGUAUCUGUGCCAUUGUGACCUGCCGUCAGCUGCCAGCGCGCACUUCGUUCACACGUGUCUGUCAGGGAGUGGCGCCUGUCCGCCGUGAACCUCGGGGCUUAAAGCGCGGUGUGAGGCCGUCGGCCCUCAGUGUCACGGCUCUCCCAGUCGUCGCCACCAUGGUUCCCGCCGCUCUACUGCUGCUGUCGGUGCUGGCCUCGCCGGCUGUGGCCGCUGACCCGGUCUCGGUGACCCUCUACUACGAGUCGCUGUGUCCGUACUGCCGCGACUUCAUCGUCGGCUCGUUCAGCGAGGCCUGGCAGGCGGUGCCCGAGAUCAUGGACGUGACCUUCCUGCCCUGGGGCAACGCGCGCUCCGUCGACCAGCCGGACGGCUCCGUCACCAUCAGCUGCCAGCACGGCGAGCAGGAGUGCUACUUCAACGUGGUACACGCCUGCGCGCUCAAGAUGGCCCCCUCCAACUCGGUCGCCAUCGACUUCAUCGUGUGCAUGGAGUCAAACGGCCAGGACACGCAGGGGUGCGCGGCCCAGACGGGACUGGACGGCGCGGCGCUGGAGAGCUGCGCCGUCGACCCGGCCAUGGACGCCGAGAUGCUCCGUCUGCGCGACAUCACCGACGCCGCGGACCCGCCUCUGCGCGGCGUGCCCACCGUCGAGGUCAACGGCAGCCAGCACCCGCAGAACGAGAUCAUCAGCGACCUGCUGACGGUCGUCUGCCGCGAGUACCAGGGCACCAAGCCGGCCGGCUGCCCCUGAACGGCCGGAGCCGGACGGCCGCCCAACGGAGACGCCGCAUAGGCGUGGCGGGAGAAUGUCAAUCCACCGUUAUCAAAUAAAUACACGGUAAUAAU